AUGAGCGCGGCGUGGGGCGGCCCCGGGCGGCGGCGGCGCGGGGUCGGGGGGCGGCGGCGGACGCUGCGGGGGUUGGGGGGGCUGGGAGGACUGGCGGGGCGGCUGCUGCGAGCCUGGGCGCGGCUGGCGGGGGGACGGGGGGAUCGGGGCGCCCGGCGGCGGCGGCCGCAGCCCGAGGACGACGAGGGCGGCUUCGAGAGCGCGGGGAGAAGGGAAACGACGCGGGGCGGCGGGGCCGGGGCGGCGGGGAGCGGGGCGCGACCGCCCGGCGCGCAGGGGCUGCGGAACCACGGCAACACGUGCUUCAUGAACGCCGUGGUGCAGUGCCUCAGCAACACCGCCCCGCUCGCCGAGUUCCUGGCGCUCGGACGCUACCGAGCCCGCGGGGCCCGCGCCGAGGUCACGCACCGCCUGGCGGCUCUGGUCCGCGCCCUCUGGAGCCUGGAAUACACCCCGCGGCUCUCCGCCGAGUUCCAGAGCAUCGUGGCCAAACACGGCGCGCAGUUCCGCGGUAACGCGCAGCACGACGCCCUCGAGUUCCUGCUGUGGCUGCUGGACCGCAUGCACGAGGACCUGGGCAGCGCCUCGCCCGCACCGGGACAUCGCGCUGCCCACCAGCGCAGUGUGGAGCAGAGCGGUGCCAGUGGGGAGAGCUUUGUACAGAGCCACUUCCAGGCACAGUACAGAUCCUCCCUGACGUGCCCGCACUGCCAGAAGCAGAGCAAUACCUUCGACCCAUUCCUGUGCAUCUCGCUGCCCAUCCCCGUGCGCCAGACCAGGGCACUGAAUGUGACGCUGGUGCUGCAGCGUGAGGGCGGGCGCUCGCUGCGCGUGGGGCUGGCAGUGCCGCUGCUGGGCACGGCUGCAGAGCUGCGUGAGAUGGUGGCACGGGAGGGGGAUGUGCCCCCACAGCAGGUGAUCCUGGCCGAGGUGUCCCCGCAGGGCUUCCUGCGCUCACUGGAUGACGCUGAGGAGCUGAGCACAGCUGGGCAAGAGGCACCCCUGUAUGCCCUGCAGGCUCCCCCAGAGGCCCCUGCAGGCGCCCGCCCUGUGCUGCUGCUGCUGUGCCACGUGGCGGGCACCGGUCCGCACCGCGCCAGGUACCGCCCUGCCCUGCCCCACACACGGCCGCCCUGCGUGUCCCCAUGCCCCCAACCACGUCCCCACGUCCCCAGGUUUGGAUCACCGCUGGUGCUGUGGGCGGAGCGUGGUGCCUCUUGGGCACAGCUGCAGCGCGACGUGCUGGCCCCACUGCGCAGCAUGAUGAGGAGCGCCGUGCAGGGCACGGCGCCGCUGUUCCGCAUCCACGUGGCCAGGGAGCCCAGUGCCUACCUGUCCCCACAGGACUCACACCCGCUGUGCCACGCGGCCAUUGACAGGGCGCUGCAGCAGAGCCCCGCUGGCGGACCCCCCCAUGUCGCGCUGACAGUGGACUGGGACAUCGGCAUCAAGGAGCGGCUUUUCGGCAGCGUGCAGCAGGAGGUGGUGCAGGAUGCAGACAGCGUGCGGCUGCAGCAGGCGGCACACCAGCAGCACAGCUGCACUUUGGAUGAGUGCUUCCAGCUCUACACCAAGGAGGAGCAGCUGGCACCGGAUGACGCAUGGCGCUGCCCGCACUGCCGGGUCCUGCAGCAGGGCACAGUGCAGCUCCGCCUCUGGACGCUGCCCGACAUCCUCAUCAUCCACCUGAAGCGCUUCCGCCAGGUUGCCCAGCGCCGCCACAAGCUGAGCACGCUGGUGCGCUUCCCCUUGCGUGGGUUGGACAUGGCCCCACACCUGGCCCCGGGGGGGGGACGAUGGCAGAACUCCCUGCGCCCAACUCGGAGCUGCCCCCCGGAUGCUCUGUAUGACCUUUACGCCGUCUGCAAUCACCAUGGCAGCAUGCAGGGCGGGCACUACACCGCGUACUGCUGCAACUCCCUGGACGGGCGCUGGUACAGCUACGAUGACAGCACGGUGGAGGGGGUGCGGGAGGACGAGGUGAGCACCCGCAGCGCCUACAUCCUCUUCUACCAGCGCCGCAAUGCCAUCCCUGCCUGGUCAGCCAGCAGUGCUGCCAGAGGCAGCAGCAGCUCGGCCCCAUUGAACCACUGGGCAGCCCGGCUAGGGGGCACCAAGCAGCACAGCACAGGAUCCCAGCCUGCAGCUCCCCGCCCAUCCCCACCCUGCAGCCCGGACCUUAGCACCACACAGGAGCAAGGUGGCUUCGAAGCCCGGCCGCCGGUGCGGGUGGUGCAGAGCCGCAGCCUCAGUGUCAAGCUGCCACCCCCCGCCCGCUGCAGGGCCCCCCCCAGGGCUGUGCCCCUGCGGUGGUCCUUCGCCUCGCGCCCGCGGGCGGCCCCUGGGCAGCUGCUGCCAUACAUCCCCAUGGGGCCGGUAGGUGGGGGCAGCCCCCGUGUGGAGCAGAAGGCCGUGCUGGGCGAUGCUGCAGGCAGCACACAGAGCACAGAGCCCCCCCGCUGCACCCCAACACCACGCCGGGCCCACAGCGCCGGCCCCACUGGGAUCUCAUGCCCCAAAAGCCCCCCAUGGAGUGGUGAGCAGGAGACAGGCCCCCCCCGGGUGCGGCAGGAGGGCACCCCUCGGGCACAGCACGACCCCCACAGCCCUGAUGGGCCCAUCCGGCGCUCACAGAGCUCAGCCUGCCUCCCCCCACGGCCCCCUCACCCCAUGCGGCGCUCAGCAUCGCUGGGCCGGGGCGCGGGGGGCACUGCGGGGAUACGGGGCAGGGAGCGCACGGCAACCCUGCGGCACGGGGCCGUGCCUGAGUCCAGCUUCUGAGGAAGGGAGGGGAUGGUUGUGGGGCUGAGCUGGCAGUGGGUGGCACCCAAAGCAUUGUGCUGUGGAGUCGGGGCAUCUCUACGCUGUGGGCAUCCCACACCUGGGUACCCAGAGCCUGGAGCAUUGCACAGCUGCAUGUAUGGCUCUAGGAGCAUCCAGCACCAAGAGCGUUGUGCAGGGGGGUAUCUACAAACAAAGCAUCCCUGUGCCGGGAGCAUCCUGCACCUGGGUACCCAGCACUGGGAGUAUUGUGCCAUGGGCCGUAUGCAGUCAGGGCAUUCCUGCAUCAUCAGCAUCCUGGGGCUGGGUGCACGGUGCUGGGAGCAUCCAGCGAUGGGAGCGUUGAGCUCUGGGCUAUCUGGAAGCAGGGCAUCCCUGCGCCAGCAGCAUCCUGCAUCAGGGUAUCCAUCACCACCUGUGCUGGGAUCAUCAUGCCAUGGAGUGCCCAAAAUCAGGGCGUGCCUGCACUAUGAGCAUCCUGCAGCUGGGUACCAGCCCUGGGCGCAUCCCACUCAGGGAUCCCUUCGCACCCAGCUGUGCUGUGCUGUGCUGUCUGCACCCUCGGCCCUGUGCCUUUCAGCCCACGCCUUACUGGGAGCAAGCAGGGGGUCUGCAGGGCUGAGGGGCUGUUGGGAGAGAGAGUAUUUAUUCUAUACAGAGAGUUCUAUGCAGAGAUGCUGUUUGUUUUCUACAAGCUACUGGUGCUGAGGGUUGGGCUGCUUGCACACUCAGGGCUAUGCAGUGCGUGGUUCUCCCGCAGCCAUUUCUAUUAAAGACAUGAAAGGAG